CAGAAAUAGGUACUUUUGAGUGCUGGCGUUUUCGUAGCCAAACCAGUGAUGAUUAUCUUUUAGCUGUAAAGCUUUUGUAAAUUGAUCGUUUGUUCUAGCUGAAAAAACUCGCAGAAAUAAACAAUUUUCCUUGUGAAAGUGAAAUCUAUCGGUAUAUUCUUGUGCAUAACAGUAAAAUGCGUCUUGUUUCACUGUCUGAAUCGAAGCGGAUGGUGAGCGAUGGCGAGAAUACGGUGAUAGAUUUUUGGUGUUAAAAAUUGCUCUGUGUCAUUGCCGUUUUAGUUUUGUACUACAUCUAACGAGGACAAUUUUUGAUUAAAAUUGACGUUUUCCGUGUUAAAAUUACUAAAUCUUUGAAUAUUUCGACGAUUAUUGUGGGGAAAUUAUAUUGUCAUCGACUGACCGGCUGAUAUUACACGAGGCUUGUAUGUAUAUGUGACUUCUGCCUUCUGCUAUUAGUGACACGCCUCACAAAAUAAAUCUUAAUUUUGUGAAUGGACUUUUUCUAUUUUGUUGUUGUGUCGUUUUUGUGAUAAAGACGGUUUAUAAUUACGUAACUGUUGUGGAAUCUUAGUGUAUUAAAGAAUGGCCUGAGUGUGACCACUCCAUUACCGUCAUGUGUGACGGAGGAAUGUUUGUUUAGGCUCUAAUAUUUUGCUGCGACUUUGCCCCGAGUGCGCGUUUGAUACCUAUAUCGGACUGGAACAUGAAUUUAUCCGAAUCAAAACAAGAUUUGCAUUGAUCGUUCUCGACUUUUCGUCAUUUCGGACACUUUUAUAUUUGCAAAAUGUCUUCGGGAACGUUUGUGGAUAGGAUCGACCCUUUCGCGAAGCGAUCGCUGAAGAAGAAGACCAAGAAGUCUCAGGGCUCGUCGCGUUACCGCAACACGCAGGACGUCGAGCUGCAGGUCCUGCCACUGCUAAAGGAUGUUCCAAGCAGCGAGCAAGAAGAACUUUUUAUCCGUAAACUGCGGCAGUGCUGUGUGGCUUUUGACUUCAUGGAUCCUGUCGCCGACCUGAAGGGGAAAGAGAUUAAACGUGCCACACUAAACGAGCUUGUAGAGUACAUCACUGCUGGCCGUGGAGUGCUCACUGAACCUGUCUAUCCAGAGAUCAUCAAAAUGAUAUCGGCGAACUUGUUCCGCACCCUGCCGCCGAGCGACAACCCCGACUUCGACCCGGAGGAGGACGACCCGACCCUGGAGGCGUCGUGGCCGCACCUCCAACUAGUCUACGAGUUCUUCCUGCGAUUCCUCGAGUCGACCGACUUCCAGCCCACUAUCGGCAAGAAGGUCAUCGACCAGAAAUUUGUACUGCAGCUUUUAGACUUGUUCGAUUCCGAGGACCCUCGCGAGCGCGACUUCCUGAAGACCGUGCUGCAUCGCAUUUACGGCAAGUUCUUGGGCCUGCGCGCUUUCAUACGGAAACAAAUCAACAACAUCUUCCUUAGAUUCGUGUACGAAACGGAACACUUUAACGGCGUGGGUGAACUUCUAGAGAUAUUGGGAAGUAUAAUAAACGGGUUCGCCCUGCCGCUGAAGAGCGAGCACAAACAGUUCCUGGUGAAGGUGCUGCUGCCGCUGCACAAGGUGAAGUGCCUGUCGCUGUACCACGCGCAGCUCGCCUACUGCGUGGUGCAGUUCCUGGAGAAGGACGCCACGCUCACGGAGCCGGUGGUGCGCGGCCUGCUCAAGUUCUGGCCGAAGACCUGCUCGCAGAAAGAGGUUAUGUUCCUUGGUGAAAUUGAAGAGAUUUUGGAUGUUAUUGAACCAGCACAGUUUGCUAAAAUCCAAGAGCAAUUAUUUAGGCAAAUUGCAAAAUGCGUGUCCAGUCCACAUUUCCAGGUAGCAGAGAGGGCGCUUUACUACUGGAACAACGAGUACAUCCUGUCGCUGAUGGAGGAGAACAACCAAGUGAUCAUGCCCAUCAUGUUCCCCGCGCUGUACAGGAUGAGCAAGGAGCACUGGAACCAGACCAUCGUCACGCUGGUGUACAAUGUGCUCAAGACCUUCAUGGAGAUGAACUCCAAGCUGUUCGACGAGCUCACUGCCAGCUACAAGGCGGAGCGUCAGAAAGAGAAGAAGCGCGAGAAGGAGCGCGACGAGCUGUGGAAGCGGCUGGGCGAGAUGGAGAUCGGCCACAAGCGGCAGCAGGCGGCCGGCGGCGCGCUCGCCAAGUGAUGCCGCUCGUCACCUAGAUAAUGCGAUUCGUUUUAUUUUCACUUAUGUAUUCAUAUUUUCUAUUCGAUUACAUUUUUGUUAAUGACGUUAUUAAUUUUUUAUACCUCGUAAUGAUUCGUUCGUUCGGGCGACCGACCGCGCGCCGCACCAGUCCCGAAUGCACCGUCAUUGUUGAUCUAGUAUUUUUGUAUUCGUUUACGUAGCGUACUACAUAGAUUUACUUUAGGGAUUUUUUAAAAUAUUGUUAAAUUGUUUAAUAAGUUAAAAGUUGUAUGUAUUAUUGUCGACGCGUGAUCGUUUGUAUUGCAUUUUUUGAUCACCGAUGAUUGUAUUGAUCGGGCACCGGCUUCCGGCUGAAAAUGUUUGUACAAAAAAAAAAAUUUGAAUACCCCCCCCUUAGGUAAAUUGGAGGUGUAGUUCUUCCGGUGCGCGGCGGCGGGCGCGGCGCGCGCGCUGGCGUCCGCCCCGCGCCCCCCCCUGCGCGCUGAGACGUCCCUUUGACUAGAUGCUGCAUACGAAAAUGUAAUUUCAUUUUGUAUAGAUACAUAGUGUAAAUAGGCAUUUAUUUAUUAUAAAUUUAUAGCAGUGUGAUUUUUAUACAUAGCUGCGGGUGUGGGACGAUCGGACAGAGCGAUCGCGCGCACCGCCCGGCGCCCUCGCGUCGCGGCUCGGGAACCGACCACGGUGACGGAUCACAUCGGCGUAGCGCGAUGCCGUAGUAGUUAGUGCUCGUUUGCACGAGCGGCAGCUGCUGCCGACGACCGCAGGCGACUGCAGUCGGCUACGUCUCGGCGGCGGUCGACGGCGGUCGCCCACUGCGGUGAGCGGAGAGUUGCCGCUCGUGUGAAUGAACCCUUAUGAUAAUUUGUAAGGAAAUAGUCAUUAAUUUGUAUGAUAUUGCUGUAGCUAUUAAUUUUUCUAUCGUCUAGUAGAGCGACGCGGACGGCGCCGCCCGCGCCUCUGUAUAUAGUGUGUACGCGCCAGCGCCUGUGUGUGUGUACACUGUGACAUGUUUGUUAUGUAAAAUGUAUUGACAUUGCAAAUUAUAUGAUCUUAUAUAUAUAUAAAUUACUAUUAUAGUACACAGUAUGGAAAUAAACAGUUGCCUCACGAGUAUUGCAUUGUUCAAUGAACUGUCGCGUGAGCCACUCCCCCGCCCCGCGCCCGGCGUCGGUCGCAGCUCAUACUGUCGCGUGCGCGUGUCGCGUGUCGCAUGUCGCAACUCGCAAGCACCUCUCACCACUCGUCUCUGCAUACAUUUCUGUUCUAUUCUGUUCGAGAUAGCAUUCGAAUAUUUUAUUUUAUAAUCUACUUCUUUUAUUAAAAAUACAUAUUUUUAUGAUUAUUUAGGUUAACGUAAACGAUAAUAAUUAUUGUGUUGUAAAAUAUGUGUACUUGGGUAAAAAUAAUAAAAAAAAAAACAACUAUAAUAAAAAAUUUUGAUAAUUCUUAUACCACAAAUCUGUAAAGAAAUAAAACUAAUUCGUAACCAUUAGCGCCGAGCUUACUUGAGCUUACGUUUUACUUAUUUUCACAUCCGUGCGAUGACAUACUGAAGAUUUUGGAAACAAUUAUACAACAACAAAAUCCAAUUACAUUCAAUGUAUGUUUUGUAUCUUUAUGCACCUUUGGUUAUAUCAAUUUUAUUUGUAACAAAAGCCUAAGAAUACGUGCAAGUUGUUAGCGAAACUUGUACAUAUUGGAGAUGAAGCUAUUGCUAUAUAAUAAACAAGUAUCAGUUCAGCUCGUUUAUGUCUGCGGUACAUAACAAACGAAUCUAGGAUAACUGUAUUUUAUUAGCAUAAUUUUAAUUUGAGGUUUAGUAUAGUUCGUCGCAUAAAAUUAAUAAUUGCUAAAAAAAACGUGAUCGGCAAAAUGGUAAAAAGCAGUAGCAUAAAUCGUACAUUGUUGUGUAAUAAAUGUUAUUUAAGGCACCUAUACCUAUAGGCAGAAACAUCUACAGAUAGAAGAUUUAUAAACAAAAAUAAAGAACACAAUAAAUGCUUAUUUAAAAGUAAUUAAAUUACUUGAUUAUU